UUUAUAUUUCUGGUCUAUUAUUGCUGUUCAUCGGCAGUCAUCGUUUUUUUAAGCUCUUUAAAGAGAGAACUACCCAUUUCAAUCUGGAAAAGUGAAUCAAUUAGAUAUUUGCAUUGUAGGUUAAGAUGUAAAUGCCUUGAGAUUUGGAUGCGGUACCUUCCAUUUUCAAAGUUUAGCUUAUCAGGAAGCUAGUAUAAAUUACUCCAGAAGGGAUCUGGUUUAAUUCUUUUUGUGCUUCUGUGACAGCUCAUUUUAUGGUCUCUGAUGACAUGGUUGGUAUUUGUAUAUUCUAGCACUGUGGUAGCAUGAGUGCGGGUUAUAGCAAUGCAAGUGCAAGUGCAAGUUAUAGCAAUGCAAGUGCAAGUGCAAGCUCAAGCUCUAGUUUGAAUAGCAGCUUUCCAGAUACGGAGGAUGACCAACUCAUAGCAAGCAUCUUACAAGAAGAUGCCAAUUCGAAAGCUGAGGGCAAGCUUGGGAAAAGACUCUCUCAUUUAGAUUCCAUCCCGCACACUCCCCGGGUUAAUGGGGAGAUACCUGAUGUGAGUGAUGCAACCUUUGACCAUGAGCGACUGUCUGAAAGGUUGACCACAUAUGGUUUGGCAGAGCUGCAAAUUGAGGGUGAUGGGAAUUGCCAGUUUCGAGCAUUAGCGGAUCAGCUUUUUCGUAGUCCGGAUUACCACAAACACGUAAGAAAGCAGGUUGUGAAGCAGCUAAAGCAUUUUAGAAAAUUAUACGAGGGUUAUGUUCCAAUGCCGUACAAAAGUUACAUGAAGAAAAUGAAAAAAUCGGGAGAGUGGGGAGAUCAUAUUACUCUACAAGCAGCUGCAGACCGGUUCGGAGCCAAAAUUUGUUUGGUGACCUCCUUUCGGGACACUUGCUAUAUUGAGAUUGUGCCAAAAAACCAGAAUCCUAGUGGAGAGCUUUGGCUGAGCUUUUGGAGUGAAGUACACUAUAAUUCACUAUAUGCAAGUGGAGAUGUUCCCAGCAGAAAAUCAAGGAGGAAGCAUUGGCUUUUCUAAAUAUUAGAGCAUGUGAAAAGUCAGGUCAAGUAAUAUACAUGAGACUGGUUUUGUUUUUCUUCAUAAUAUAUAGAUACACAAUGUCCUGCCUGUAAAGUUAAUAGAAAUGUAACGGAUUGUUCAAUAACAAAAUGCACACAUGUGAUCUGCUUCUUGGUUAUGUUUGGCCAAGGUAUGGGGAGAAUCGGUUUUCAUAAA